UCAGCGCUGCUGCACACACCGUCUUACGCCUCAUUUUCGAGAGCGAUAUCAGUCGGUUGGCUCUCGAUACGACAAGCUGGCGUCAGUCAGUUGCUUGUCUCCUGUCAUAUCACCCUCUGUCACUUUUGUGAUGAGUACUGUCGGGAAACUACGCCACCACGGCCGUGUCGGGACGCGGCAGGAAAGCACUACGGACGGAUGUGGAACGAGAGUGCAGCUGUGGAACGACUCUGUAAUCCUCCCUUAAUAGAAACGACCAUGGCAGACAUGGUCGUCAUCAACGGAGUGCUUUCAAAUCCCAUACAAAAUCUCGCCAUUAUAUUAGUUUUUGUAUAUUUAAUAUUGUAA